AACUGGGUCUGAUAUUAUAAGUCAUUUGGAGGCCAGUAUUCAACAUUCAAUUUAAAAAAGUAUUGGACGGGAAAAUGUUACAUUGUUCAACAUAUUGGUCUUAACUAAAAAUAAUAGUCUUUGUAAAUCACAAUUUUUUGCACUUGUCAAUCAAGUUAGUUUUUUUCAAUAGCAACCAGCAAAUACCUGUGAAGAUUCUGUCAAAAGAUUAACUUGUGUCGUUAAAUUAAUAUUAGUGAAAAGAACAGUAAUUUAACGUGCUUCAAGGAUAAUUGUAAAAAUGUAUCAUAAUGAGCAAAGUUCCUGCGUUUGUUUUAUUUUUGAGUGUUGUGUAUUUGACACUACCGGAUAAUAGAGGUAUUGUAGACGGCACUGCACACAGACAUGAUGCAGAAUCUGGUGAAGAAAAUAAUGCAACUGACGGUCAAAAAGAUGAUGUGAAAUUCACACCCUUGAGAAAAAAACAUGGCCGCAAGAAACUGAACAAAAAUUUAGCAUUUAGUUUAAAGGAAUUCAUUGAAGCCAUGGCUGAGAAAAAGGUACCACGAAAAAAAAUAAAAGGAAAGCACAAAAACAGAAGGAAACAUUACACCAGUGCCAUGCACAUGAAAAGUAUUAAAGAAAAAAUGAGAGCUUUGGCAAAAAUCGCCAUUGCAGAAUUGAAAGCAAAAAAGAAGCAAGCGCGAAAGAUAAAAGAGAAGGUAGAAAUGACGAGAAAAAAGUCGCGUGGUCACAGAAAAGAGACGACAUUGCCAAUUGCUCGAUCAAAAAUCCCAGAUGCAAAAGCACUUUGUCAAGACAUUUGCCAGCAUCGCUGUUUGCAAUCGUGUCAUAUUGCGUGCUGUGUACCAGACCUCACGCCAACUAUGCGAGAUGUUGUUGCCCUGAGAACAAAAUAUAUGAACAUUCCACGCUAGAAAAGAUGUCCAAGGCAUUGCGAGAAGAGUUGUGACUCUUCCUGUGACGUUUCCUGCUGUUUACAUCGUCAACAUUAGAAUGCAAAGAAAAAGACAUAAAACUUGUAGUUUGAAUAUCGUAUUCUGGUUUUAGGACCAACGUCAUCGUGUUGUAAAAGCUCACACCCAUUCUCCUUUUACACCCACAUUUGCUGAUUGGGACAUAAUAAUCUUGCUCCCGCUAAUCAAUGGCAAACUCAUAUUUCCAGCGAGGACAAGACUUUUCAGCGCUGACAUGUUGCAAAUCAAGCAAUUAAAGUAGUGUGGAAAUACUGUCCUUUAAUUAUUUCGAAGCAAUUUUGAAGCCCCCACUCAGUGGGUGUGAGUGCAUGGGAAUGAAAAAAUUUUUUGAGCUAUACGAUAAAGUGAUACAAACCUUACCAAGAAAAUAUGUUUAUCAUUAAACUGAACUGGCAGCAAAGCCAUCCCGAUAUUUAGUUGUAAAGAUUUAAAUUAAAUGUUGUUAAAAAAAUAAGAA